AAAUUACCCUUUUUAUUCUUUUGAUAAAUAAAAAAAUAAAUUAUUAAUCAUUAAAAAAUAAUUUGGAGUAUUUUCUCAAUGUCCAUAUAUACAUCUUCUCCCUUUAUAUAAGCCAACCUCACACACCCAAAAAAUCCAUCAAACCUUUCUUCACCACAUUUCACUGAAAGGCCACACAUCUAGAGAGAGAAACUUCGUCCAAAUCUCUCUCUCCAGCAAUGGUUGUUGCUAUGGACCAGCGCAGCAAUGUUAACGGAGAUUCCGGUGCCCGGAAGGAAGAAGGGUUUGAUCCAAGCGAACAACCACCGUUUAAGAUCGGAGAUAUCAGGGCGGCGAUUCCUAAGCAUUGUUGGGUGAAGAGUCCUUUGAGAUCUAUGAGCUACGUCGCCAGAGACAUUUUCGCCGUCGCGGCUCUGGCCAUGGCCGCCGUGUAUUUUGAUAGCUGGUUCCUCUGGCCACUCUACUGGGUUGCCCAAGGAACCCUUUUCUGGGCCAUCUUCGUUCUUGGCCACGACUGGAGAAUAAGCCAUCGGACACACCACCAGAACCAUGGCCAUGUUGAAAACGACGAGUCUUGGGUUCCGUUGCCAGAAAAGUUGUACAAGAACUUGCCCCAUAGUACUCGGAUGCUCAGAUACACUGUUCCUCUGCCCAUGCUCGCUUACCCGAUCUAUCUGUGGUACAGAAGUCCUGGAAAAGAAGGGUCACAUUUUAACCCAUACAGUAGUUUAUUUGCUCCAAGCGAGAGGAAGCUUAUUGCAACUUCAACAACUUGCUGGUCCAUAAUGUUGGCCACUCUUGUUUAUCUAUCGUUCCUCGUUGGUCCAGUCACAGUUCUCAAAGUCUAUGGUGUUCCUUACAUUAUCUUUGUAAUGUGGUUGGACGCUGUCACGUACUUGCAUCAUCAUGGUCACGAUGAGAAGUUGCCUUGGUACAGAGGCAAGGAAUGGAGUUAUUUACGUGGAGGAUUAACAACUAUUGAUAGAGAUUACGGAAUCUUCAACAACAUCCAUCACGACAUUGGAACUCACGUGAUCCAUCAUCUUUUCCCACAAAUCCCUCACUAUCACUUGGUCGAUGCGACGAGAGCAGCUAAACAUGUGUUAGGAAGAUACUACAGAGAGCCGAAGACGUCAGGAGCAAUACCGAUUCACUUGGUGGAGAGUUUGGUCGCAAGUAUUAAAAAAGAUCAUUACGUCAGUGACACUGGUGAUAUUGUCUUCUACGAGACAGAUCCAGAUCUCUACGUUUAUGCUUCGGACAAAUCUAAAAUCAAUUAACUUUUCUUCCUAGCUCUAUUAGGAAUAAACACUCCUUCUCUUUUACUUAUUUGUUUCUGCUUUAAGUUUAAAAUGUACUCGUGAAACCUUUUUUAUUAAUGUAUUUACGUUACAAAAAGUGGAAGUUUUGUUAUCUU